GUGGAUGGUGUACUUCUCAAACUCGCAGUGCAUGGCCGUGCUGGCAACCGAGACAGAUUGGAAAAACUAGUGAAAGAGUGGACUGCUAUUCCUGAAGCUCACGAGCAGAGGGAACUUCGUUGGUCUCUGCUGUGCUUGCUGCUGGAGCUGAGUUAUAACCCUACAAGUCAUCACGUCUCUCCAUCACCCUCUUCCAACCAUCACGUCUCUCCAUCACCCUCUUCCAACCAUCACAUCUCUCCAUCACCCUCUUCCAACCAUCAAGUCUCUCCAUUACCCUCUUCCAACCAUGUUUCUCAAUGGCCUGCGGAGACACAGCGGAGCGGCUCACGUAUCGAAGCAAACCUCCUACAGCAACUGCUGCCUGAUACGCUCCCGCCCUUGCUGCCGGAUGAGCCCCUCUCUGAUUGGUCGGAUGCAGAUGACGAACCUGAAGAUGGAAAUACAAAAAAUUUGGAAUUUGAUACAGCUGCAGGCAAUGUGAAUUUCUUGCCACACGUGAAAUCCUCAUCCGUGACCAGCACCCUUUCAUCUUCACAUGCAUCAACUUGUGAACCUUCAGUUAGCCAAUCUAAUACAGCAACCCAUGACAAAUCUCGGGUUGGCAACGGCGUGAGUGUCACAGCAACUGAUUCUAAGGCAAGCCAGCCUGUUAUUUCCAACGAAGCUGAAGCCCUGAUUUGCGACAACCUCAGUUCCGCUGAGCUACUCAAAGAAGCUUCUCGUGCACGUCAAUGGCUGGACGCGAACACGCGCCAAACUAUCGUGGACUGCUACGGUGUGGAACGCGUGUCUGAAGAGGAGCUCGUGAUUCGUCUGCUGCAGAGCCUGUUUUGUCCGAGCCUCUUCCGUUCCCUGCUCGACCAAACCCCAGCAACCCCAACCCUAAACCAGGAACGUGUUGAAUCUGUGUUGCAGAAGAACUUUCGGCCCAUGAUAGAGAAACUCGAAGAUAUAGAAAAAACGUUCACUGGGCUUUAUGCCAGAAAAAAUAUUGGAAUUGAAGAUUUUUGUGGUGAAAAAACAGCACUCCACACCGAGGAAAAAUUGAACUCUAAUUCAGCAUUUCAUGAACUUGGCUCAGAUUAUCGUCGCAACUCGAACGUUGGAGUGAAAAUACCAUAUGAAUGUUCAGCCAAGAGCAGCCUGCGUGAAGCCUUCAUAGCAGCGCUGUCUGAGUGGCAAGCGCGCGUCUACCAGAAAUUAGAAGAGUUUGUUAACUUCGUCAGAGAUGGAAGUUCGUAG